CAUGAAUUCAUUUGAAUGCCUUCCCGAUUGAAUUGUUAGUUCAAAUUUGAUAUGAGUAAACUAGACUUAAUGAAUAAGAUUCUCAAAAAAAUUCAUCAAAAAAUUCCACCGGGAACCACCCCAAAUGGCGUCGGCCGGACAGAGCAUCCUAAAUAUGGCCUUAUUUGACAUUUUUUUCAAGUUCGAGACCCUAUCUGACCCUUAUCCCAUCAUUAUAAGAUUUUUAGUGAAUAAUUAUUUUUUCAGAUUAAGUUUUUUAGGUUCAAAUUAAUUUAUGUUGUCUUCUUUCUCGUCUUGUAGAUAUACGGAAAAUAUUAUCUAGGUGAUGCCAUUUUUUUCGCCUUUUAAAAUAUUAUUUUUUAUAUUAAAAUAUCAAUGACUCAUUUAAUAAAGCGAUUACCCACGGUUACCCGCGGUUAUAACCGUUACCCGUUGGGGCGGAUACGGUUUGGGUAAAAAUUAUCCGUUGGGUAAUGGGGCGGUUAUGGGGCGGGGAAUUAUCAAAUGGGGCGGGUACGGUUAUAUGUAAAACCGUCCCCGAACUGCCCCAUUGCCAUCCCUAAUUAGUACCACUAAUUCGGAAUCACCUUGAGUUGACAAAAAAAUUCAAAAAUUGCAUUUCAAAAAUAAACCCAGACCAAUGUGAGAUCUUUCCCGUCAUUUUCUGUUCUUUGUGACAUUAUGAAAAAGUAAUUACAUACAUAAGUGUAGUUCGUGAUCUGUCUUCAUCUAAGUGUGAUCGACAUAGAAAACAAUUGUUUCCCCCCUUCAAGUCCUCAACUUUGUUCAAACUGGCCACACCCCUAUGCAUCAGGUUAUAAAACCACGUACAAUCUAGACUUUGUGAAAUUUUCAAAUUUGAUCUUGAGAGUGAGUUAAGUGUAAUGCCCCUCUAAGGAAAAAAUGAGGUGAGUAGAAGAAAAUAUGUGAAUCCAUUACCCAUAUAUCAUGCAUGCUACUCUAAUUUAUCAUACGCGUGUAGUGGAUAAGGAUGUUUUCUUUUGACUGAAAUUUGCUGGUCUGAUCUGGUCUGAACUGGUCUGGCCUAACUAGACCUGUACAAAGUCGGGCCGGCCCGCCCAACCGGCCCGCACAAAUGGGCGGGCUUGGGCAUAUAUAUUUGCCCACCGGCCCGGCCCGCAAUAACAUAUGGGCGGGCUUGGGUUAGGGUGUAGGCCCGUUCGGGCCGAUAAGCCCAGCCCGCUACAUUUAGUGUGUGUAUAUAUAUACACUAAUUUAUUUAUUUAUUUAUUUACAUGUACACAUGUAUAUUUAUAUUUACUAAUAUAAUUUACCUUUAUACAUAUUUAUAGUUUAUUAUAUGUAAAUUUAAGUUUUUAGUUCUUAACAACUAGCCCAACUAAUAUAGUAUCUAUUUUUGUACUUAAAGAUAAUACUUUUUGCUUGAAAUUUAAAUUUUAGAUAUAGUUUCUCAUUAUUAUUUUUAUGUAAAUAUUAUGUUUGUAUGUGGUGAAAGGCCUAUAAAUAUUUUAAGUGUAUUAACAAUUUUUUAAAUUCUGUCAUAUUAUUUUUAAAGUAUUAAAAAAAUUAUAUAAUUUAGAAAAAUUUAAAGUUUUUCCGGGCCGAGAGGCCCGGUGGACUACCCGGCCCGCUCUUACGGGUAGGUAUUGACAUGGAGUUAGGCCCGUUUGUGCGGGCCGGGCCGAGCCAGCCCACACAUGAUGGGCAAAAAAUUUAUAAAAAGUCCGGCCCGAGCCCGGCCCGAAAAAAUAACUUUUGCUCAUUAAAAUUAUGGCGUCCUUUGAUAAAUAAAAAAGAGUUCAUUCCAUUUUUAUUUUUAAAAUUGAAAAUUGAUUUCAAUCACUUUUUGUUAAUAAUUAAAUCAAAUUCAUCCACUCAGUACAUUUUUUCCAUUAGAUCGUUACUUUUUUAUUACUCUGUAUUAUACAUCAUUUUUCGCCAAUAUCUUCUAUGUUGAUUUUUUUUCAACCCGGUAAUUCUCCAAGACCGGAGGGUCCUGGGGUGGGGGCCAGGGAACAUCCCACCAAUUUAUUAUGAAAAUGUGAAAUACAGAUAGUAGGAGGACCAAACUAAAGUCUACUCGGAGAUACAAAUAAAAACUGUGUAAUAUAAGGAAAGCUAGUAGCAUCAAACUUUAAAAUGCCCACAAAAUGAUUAAAAGGGAAAACUGCCACAUAAGUCCACGUACUUUGAACGAAAAGUCAAUUGAGUCCACAUACUUUUUAUCAGAUCAAUCAAGUCCGCGAACUAUUAAAAAAUGAUCAAAUCUGCUAUUUAGCAGGUAGCUAACCCGUUACCCGGUCAAAUGCUUACGUGGAAGUCCCAUCUGUUACAUUUUUAUUGUUUUCUAAUUUUUCCAUUUUUCUUUUCUUUUUCUUUUUCCUCUCUCCCUUUUUCUCUUUUCUUUCUCUUUUUUCUUUUCUUCCUGCCCGCUGAAUACGCUCCCUCUUCCCAGUCUGCAGCUCUACCAUUUCCAUUUCUUUCUUUCUUUCUUUCCUUCUUUCAAUUCUUGUCUCCACCAGAAAUCCAUUCACUCUCUUCCAUUUUUACUCCCUCUGCCACCUUGGAACGAACUCCGUUUCCCAGACCUCUCAAGCCACCACCUCUGCCGCCAGGCCUCCAUAGCCACCGCAUCCGGUCACCACCACAUCCGGCCUCCACCUCCACUUCCGCCGCCCCUCCUACACACCGCGCGCCUCCGGCCACCACCUCUGCGGCGUCCACCUUCACCUACUCUAUUGAACCAACCUCCAGCCGCCCCGACCUCCAUAGCCACGACCUCCGCCACCCAUACCUCCGUACACACCGCCUCCGCCCUCCGGCUACCAUCUUUGUGGCCUCCCCCCCCCCCCCCCCCCCCACCUCUUCCACUGAAGCGACCUCCAACGACUCUGGCUUCCAUAGCCGUCUCAUCAAGUGAAUCGAACUCUGCUCCUCAGCCUCCAUAGACUGAUAGAUCGAGAAGUAAGCAGAUGGAGUGACGUUGCAGUCUGGCAGAGUUGCAGACACGGGGACGAAACAAGGAAAGAGAAAAGCAAAAGAAAUAGAAAAAUAAAAAAUGAAAAGAAAAGAAAAAGAUAAAAUAUAAAAUAAUAGAAAAUUGAAAGAAAAAAGCCAAAUGGACGUUACAACCAGAGAACUAGCUAAAUAGCCAAUUUUGAUUAUUUUCUAAUACUUUGCGGACUUAGAAGCUGUUCCGUUCACC